AUGGCAGAAGACUCAGACAUGGCCAACGCGACAAUAGCGGCGGAUGAGUUCAAUCUCUUUACCAAGUGGUGGUUUUACGUGCUUCUGUUCUUGGGCCUCUACGCUUUUGUGGUGGCAGUUCACUUGUUUAUUGACUAUCGGCAGUGGGAGUCCGACCGUGUGAAGCUCAUGAUGGAAGAGGCUCAUGCACCAUACAGCUUUGAGAGCAGCUGGAGACGACCUCCUCCAGGGAGCCUUCGACCAAGGGAGCCGUCAAAAAGGAUCAAUGAACGACAUAGCAUGGGCAGCACUGACUUGGGUGCCGUGCUGAUCUUUUGCUCGUGA